GGUCGAUUCCUGUUUCUUUUACGUUCUCUUAUGACCCUGGUUUUGCUUUAUCAGAAGGGUUCUAAGUUAAGCUCACUCUCUUAGCCCUCGUGGAGGUCUCAUCUCCUCGGAGCGGCUCGUCCAGUCCUUGCUUCGUGCAAAUACCAAUCCAGCCGGUACGUAUGUAUGUUGCAAACUGCAGCAUAUUAUACGAAUGAUCACUCCUUACCACACCAAACAUCACCACUGGACCUUCCGAAGAGUUUGUUGCCCGGUUCAACCAUCACACCAUGCGAUCGGCACUUUUCAUUCGUAUUUUCACAUGUUCGGCCUUCAUCGCCUCUGCGGUAGCUGAAAGCUGUUGCUGGGGCGUCAUGUGGGCUGAUAGCUGGCUUGAUCUCAAAUGGGACGAACCCGCGGGAGUCGUGAGAUGCGGACUCAGCGGCACAUUUCCACCAGGCACAAACUGCACCGUCGAAAACUCGAAAGAUGCAAACGGCAACAUCCAAGCCGUCACAAACCUCACUUUCGGCAGUAACACCCAGCCAUUCCAGUUCCGCAUCGGCAUCGACCCCUCGAGCUGCGAUCCUUUACCCAAUGACAAAGUUGUGACUGGCUGGGAGGGAUGGGGAGCGUACCUGUUCAAAGACUUCCUGAUCAUGUCCCAGAAAAUGGAGUUCUGCAAUCGGGAUAUUCCUGCUUAGCCUCAGAAGGCGGGCGCCUACUGGUAGGGGCUUCUUCGUAUGUUAUUCAAGCUGUGUCCUAACAAUGUGCAGGGUAAUAUGUCGUCUCCAAUCU